AUGACCGUUUUUGUACUCAUCGGCAUCAGCUAUUUCCUUCCACUUUUCCAGCGUCUAGCACGCAUCGGUGAAAAGCGUCAGUACUAUAGGACAUACCAGUCGAAGUCGCUCUGGGUGUCUCGUAAGCACGUCGUAGUCUGUGGUGAGUUUAGUGAUCUUGGAUUUGAUAUUUUGCUUCGAAACUUCUACUCGGGAUGGCGCAAGUAUCUGAGCACGUGUAUCGUCUUCAUGUUUCCAAAAGAGUACUCUGCGGAGGUUCAACUGACCGCGAACCUGCCAUGGUACAAAGGACGUGUACAUCUCAUGAUUGGUGACCCCACCAAAGAGGUGGACCUUCGUCGUGCCGGUGCAAAAUCUGCAGACGCGAUCUUCCUGUUUGGAAAUACCCGUUCCGCUGCUUACUACCGGGAUUACGACAUUAUUGAACAAUCCCUGGCGGUAGGUCUGUUUGACCCCGAGUUGCCCCAGCACCUCAUGUUGCGCCGGAGCCGAACAAUGAAACAAAUUGCGCCCUAUGCUGCGAGUGCGCUGGAGAUUGAACGCACCGUGCAUCACCUCCUCGGACUAUCCAUGGUAAACCCCGGUGUCAUCCCGUUUAUCAUUAACUUAAUGAAUACGUAUGAGCCGCUGCCACUCGAUAUGCCACAUGCAUGCCAUUGGAUAGAGCAAUAUGAGUACUCGAUACGAAAUGAUCUGUACGACAUCGACGUACCAGACACCCUGCGCGGGCGUGAAUUCCGUAUCUUAGCACGCUCCUUUUUUGAGUAUGACAUUACCCUCAUCGGAGUCCUCGACGCGCAUUACGCAGUUGAGUUGAAUCCAAAUGAACUGAUCCCAAACGCAAAAAAGCUCCUCCUGAUUGCGAGGUCCAUGAAGGCUGUCCAUGAUGCCACAGACGCAAUCUCACGUGAUUUCGAGCAGACUUUCGGGGAGGAAAUGCUGGUGGCCCCAGAUCCCAAUGAGCGUCUCGGGACGAAGAGUAGAUUCAAACCUAAUCAACAGUGCGCAUACCCGGAAUGUGUUAGCGAUCCCCCUCCGCUAAACUAUCAGGCUAGUGAUGAUUCUGAUCACUCCGCAGAUCGUCAUUAUUCUCAUUGCGGCGAUACGGCGCCGUACGCAUCGAAUUUAGCUUCUGACAAUAUUCGUCUCUCUACACGAAAGUCUCAAAACGACACGGGCACCAAUCUCAACAUGGAAACUGAAUACUUACUACGCAUAAACGACGCUUUUGGGUGUGAAAAACAUUUCCUAAUGAUCGAUCUGUCCUCGGCAAAGGGUAAAGAUAAGACGACACGCUAUGCGUUAGAGGGCCACCUGGCAGCUCUCGCACGUGACGUGUACGCGGUGAUGCGGCCUGUCCGGCAGGCAUACUCUCAAAGCGACGUUGUCCUGCUCACAAACGACGUCAGCUUCGCACCAUACUUUACAGAUUACUGGGAUUUCAACGAAGAGGCUAGCCCCUUGAAAUACAUUUUAGGCUGCGGCCUCAAUACGACCGAACUGAUGCGCUGCAAUCUUCGGGAAUGUGCAGGGUGUUGCAUUUUUUUUGCCGGAGAUAUCAGUCGCGAAGGCUCAACAGCUGCUAUGGCCAUGCUUGUUGUGCUCUCGAUACACGAUAUCCUCAAUGGGGCCCCCCCUUUCCCAGUGGUUGUUGAACUUGAAGGCUUAAUCAAUCUCCCUCUCUUCCCUCCAGUUGCAGAAGAUGCUGAACUCCGCUCAAAGGCAAGUGUGGAUUUUGUAUUUGAGCCUAACUUUUUGAUUGGAAAUGCAAUUAGUCGAGAAAUGCUGCUCCCAACUCUGCAGGGAACAUACUUUAUGGAGGAGUUUAUUGAUGUGAUGGACACUCUAAUUAGAGGAUAUGCGAACGAUCUCCCAACCCUAUCACAGCUUCCGCUAAGCAUGUGUGUAGUGGAACUGGGAACCUAUGAAGACGUCAUUAACUACUGUCUAAAGGCGGGAUUUUUGCCCAUUGCGCUAUAUCGCUGCAUUCGCGAUGCGAAAAAUCCAUCGCUCGAUGGGUUUCGCUACGUCCUCACAAACCCACCGAAGUAUUUGUGCGUAGAUCAGGCUGUUGAUGUUGUUUAUUACCUGAUUUCUCAAUGA